AUGCCACUUAUUUUAGGAAAAAGAGAUAAUGAUCAGGAGGACAAGUUAAAUAUGUCCCUUACUCUGUCUGAAGAAGAAAAUGAUCAGAAGCUCAAAUUAAGUAGACCAUUUACUCUACAUAAAAGAGAAAGUGAUCAGGAGGAGAAGUUUGAAGAUGCCUAUGAAAUUAUCCCUGUGGCAACAACAAUGGAUCUAGUAUCUUCCUUGGAAGAAUGCACAACUGGACUGUACUUAUUUCUAAAUAACAGAUUCUCAGAUGCAAUAAAUCUCAUACACCCAUGGUCUAAAAACAGCACGUACCAUGCCCUAAUAUAUAGUAUGCUUAUGGUUGUCAAGGCCAUCCUGACUUUUGAUCCACAGGAUAUUCAGAUUGGAAUGUCCGUUGCAAAGGAAGCUUUGAAAACCUGCAACAGUUUCCGGAAAAGACCUAGGAUAAUGUCUUUAUCUCGCCUGGUAAGUAGGCAGGGAAUAAAGGCUAUCAAAGAAGAGGAAUUGCAUGCAGAAGUCUGUUAUGCUGAGUGUUUGAUCUUGAAAUCAUCCAUAGCAUUUAUACAGGAUGACAGUUUGCUUGGUUUUCUUAAAAGUGGCAUCAGUGUUGGGUCAAGUUACCAAAUAUACAAAGACUGUCAGCAUGUGUUAACACUUCUGCCUAACAACCAAAGCAAAACCCACAGACACCUGAAUGGAGGAAUAAAAUUUGGACUUGGAGCAUUUAAUCUGAUGUUAUCGCUUGUGCCACCAAAGACACUUAAACUUCUCAAUAUGGUUGGAUAUUCUGGUGAAAGAGAGGUAGGCUUGGCUUUGCUUCAUGAGAGUGCAUCUGUACCCCACAUAAAUUAUAUGUUAAGUGUUUUCACUCUACUCUUUUAUUACAAUUAUGUUCAUGUAGCUUUUGGUGUUGAAAAGUCUUCCACUUCUCCUACAGAGAAUCUUUUUCUAAUCUACCUGAAGAAAUUUCCAAACUGUGUUGUCCUUAAGUUUUUUCAUGCACGUUUUAGUAUGCUGAAAGGAAAUUUUGAAAGGGCACAGUUAAAAUUACAGGAGUGCAUUUUCACUCAGAAUGAAUGGAAGCAGGUUCACCACCUCUGCUACUGGGAACUCAUGUGGUGCCACAUUUUUCUGCAGAAUUGGAGGCAGGCUUACCACUAUGCCAGUCUACUGUCUCAACAUAGCAAAUGGUCCAAGGCAAUGUAUGUGUAUAGCAAAGCUAUCAUACUGGCCGUGCUUCCUUCUGAGAUUGCAAAAUCAAUACGUGAGGACAUGAGCACUCUCUUCUUAAAUGUCAAUAACCUGAGAAUCAAAAUCUUAGGUACUUCUGUGCCAAUAGAAAAGUUUGUUGCUGAGAAAGGCCAGCGCUAUGGUUCUACUACAGGCUGGUUUACAGCACAGCCGCUUCUGGAAUUCGUUUAUGCCUGGAGUGGUUUCCGAAUCAUGAGCAAAAAAAUAGAACUGAUUUCAAGGUGGCUAACAAUUAUUGAUAAAGGAAAAGACCUUUUGCAAGAAAAUCCAAAUGAGGAGUAUGGCACAGAUGACAUAAGUUUAUUAAAUUUGCUGAAAGGUCUGUGUCUGAAACACUUAGGCAAAUAUUUGAAGGCUGAAUACUACUUUAAUCGUGUUAUUCAGAAGGAGAAAUUGUUAAAAUAUGACCACUAUUUGGUACCAUAUACUUACUACGAACUGGGAAUUCUACACUACCUAAAAGGAGAUUAUGCCCGUGCAACCAAAAACCUAGACAACAUAAAGAACUAUAAAGACUAUUCCAUGGAAGCCAGAUUACAGUUCAGGGCUCAUAUAGCCCUUGAGCAAAUAGCUAAAGAAAUGUGA